AUGAUACAAGUACGAGAAGAAAUUGCUGAGGUUAAAGAGCAUGUAUUACAGCAAAAUAAAUUUUCUAAUGUUCGUUUGAAUGGUACAGAACCUGUGGUCAGUAGUACUCUUAAUUUUGAUACAGAUCUUCCAUAUUUGACGGAUGGUCAAUUUAAAGCAGCUGAAAAUAAUAUAAAUGAACCUGCAUAUUUAACUUUAUUGGUUAAUUUUAAUAUUGCAUAA